AAAGUGCGUGGGCGACUGAUGGAGCAUGACCUAUACGUCAAGGCUGAGAAAUGUGAGUUUUCCAAACCAGCCGUCCCCUACUUGGGGUAUCGCAUUUCCACAUCAGGGGUAGUGAUGGAAUGUGACCGCAUCUCAGCCGUGCGUAAUUGGCCGACUCCCACCACGGUGAAGGAGGUGCAGCGGUUUUUGGGAUUUGCCAAUUACUACCGGAGGUUUAUCCGGGGCUUUGGGCAGGUGGCGGCUCCCAUUACCUCACUGAUGAAGGGGGGCCCAGUGCGGUUGCGGUGGUCCGCGGAGGCAGACAGGGCCUUUAGUCGUCUGAAGGUUUUGUUCACCGACGCUCCGGUGCUGGCGCAUCCGGACCCCUCUUUGCCCUUCAUAGUGGAGGUGGAUGCGUCCGAGGCUGGGGUAGGAGCCGUGCUAUCCCAGCGCUCGGGUUUGUGUGCUUGA